AUCAUUUUUAUAACUACCAUAGGAUAUGGUGAUCAGGCCUGUUCGGAUGUUUACAUUAUAUAAAGAAGACUAUAGUCAUUCGCUAGUAACGGACACGUAACUACACUAAAGAUUAAAGUACAGCGGAUAUUCCGAGAACAGUUGCAUGAGGCAGGCCUAGAGGAACCACCGUUCCCACUCACAGACAGCACCAAGAUGUCACAAAAUCAAUCCUACUUCUGGCAGACAACCAGACACAACGUAUACCUGAAGCGCUCAGCCAAAUGGCACAUGGCUUUGGCCCUGAUGGUGGUGCUCACAUUCGGCACGAUCUGUGCGGCGGAAGCGCAGCCGGAUGGCGACGAUAAUGCAGUCAUUCAAUCUGGAAUACAGAACGACUUGGACAUGCCAGUGGAUAUAAACAAGCCCACGGACCUGAGCAAUUUAGCGGAUAAACAAAAGGAAUCUACUGAACGGUCGAAAUCGAAGGGAACCUUUAUCGAUGCGUUCACCGCAUCGAUCUCUGUUAUCCUAUUAACAGAGCUAGGCGAUAAGACUUUCUUUAUAGCUGCCAUAAUGGCCAUGCGCCAUCCGCGUUUGAUUGUCUUUGGCGGUGCCAUCGCCGCCUUGGCCCUUAUGACGGUACUCUCAUGCGUAUUUGGCAUGGCAGCUAACUUUAUUCCUAAGAUUUAUACGUAUUAUAUCUCAACUGCAUUAUUUUUAAUAUUCGGCUUAAAAAUGCUGUACGAUGGCUACAAAAUGAAACCAACCGAUGCUCAGGAGGAGCUGGAAGAGGUUCAAACAGAUUUGCGCAAGCGCGAGGACGAAUUGCUGCGGAAGGCCAGCAGAAAAUACGAGGAUGCGGAGGCCAAGCGGAAGAAUAGCAACUCGGACAAGGAGGAUGCCAGCGAGCAGGCUCUCAUCCAUGGCCGCAACAACUCCAUUUCCAUCGCAGCCGCAGCAGCCACUUCCACUGGCGACUCCGACAUGCAGCAUCGCCAGCGAAAGCAGCGCAGCCACAACAACAAUAACACCCUUUCUAAUAGUAAGCAAAAUAGCUGUGAUAAAGCUGGCACCGAUGAUGAGCCGGAUCGGGAUCAACACGAGUCCGAGGUGUUCUUAAAAGAGGGCGGACGCAUUGUCGAGCAGCUCAAGAUGAAGACCUACCACAGUAGCCCGGCCCACUCGGCGGCAUCAUCGAACCAGACCGAACAAACCAACUCCAUGGCCGCUUCAACCACCACCGUCGAUGCCGCCCAGCUGGCUGGGCAUCCCACCGAUCCAUCCGCGGGUGGCGGAAGUCAGGAGCCCCGAGCCCCGCUGGCCGGACACGACAGUAUGCAUAGCCUCAACGGAAGCCUGAACGGGGACUCGAACGGACCGUCUAAUGGCGCCCUCAAAGCACGGCUGGACCGUGAUGUGAACGCUGCCCUGGUUAACGACGCCGAGAGCGGCCGUCGUCGUCCACAAAAACGCGGCGCCACCUACUUCACCAUGCGCAUCUUGGCCCAGGCCUUCACAAUGACCUUCCUGGCCGAGUGGGGCGACCGCUCCCAACUGACCACUAUUAUUCUCGCAGCCAGCAAGGACGUCUAUGGCGUUAUAGCUGGCGGUAUUAUUGGCCACUGCAUCUGCACUGGCCUGGCUGUGAUUGGAGGUCGUCUAGUGGCUUCCAAAAUCUCUGUGCGCACUGUCACCAUUGUGGGUGGCAUUGUGUUCAUCGGCUUUGCCAUCUACGCUGUCGCCAUGCCCCCGGAUGACAUCUAGACAGCAAGCCAUGGAACUCUAGAGGAGAUUGCCCAGUUGACGACCCCACAAUAUUCGAAGAUUUAGUUGUAGUCCAAUGUUUUCGUUUGAGGAGCACCCAGGCAUAAUGGGUGGGAUUGUAUUGAUGAAUUUAAAAGAGAAGAUGGUGGAUCCACAUGUAUUUAUGAUAUCUUGCUUGCCAAACAACUAUAGGAAACCACACAAAUUAAGGGAAGAAAACAAAAGUGCCUUCUGUGCUUUUCACCUCGGCCAUGACAUACAAAUUUAGCUUAUCCAAUUCCUAUCCAAUCGUUUAGUUUUGUCUUGAUCUAUUCGCCCAGCUUUCGGUUUUGUGCUAAGUAUUAAAGAUGACUGUACAUAUGUACAUACAUAAGUGUGCUAGUAAGACCAGGUUGCCUCGAAGCUCCUCAAAAUUGAAAUAACAUCCUUUUUUGCAUAUUUCUUUACGUAGAAGCAGUGUUUACUUAAUGGAAGCAUCCCAAAAUAAAACUUUGUAAAUUUUUAUUAUU